AUGCAAGCAAGCAACGAUCGAAGUCCUUGCUUUAUAUUAUUUAGCUAUAACUACUUCCGUACAACUUCGUCCCCAGAUUCCCCUCAACACACAGAUCAGGACAAGCCCAACACUUUAUAUCUCGAAUUGUAUGAAGUUGGAGAUAUGGAGGAAGGAACGACAGAGGAAAGAGAAAGGUUCUUAGCGGAGGUUUACAAAGAUACCAAUAAAAACAGAUAUUUAGGGCUAGAGGACGCUGAAAUGAAGUCUAUAGGGAAUAUAGGAGUCCAUAUGUUAUCCUCAAAGAUGUCCCUUAGUCUAAAGUUGACAAGAUCAACAGCAAACAUCUGGAGAAAUUGA